UGUUUUCGUCAUUUCAACGUCCAGGUAGUGUGUAUAUUUUUGCACGAAUAAACCUGGAUGAGAGAGUAAAAUGCAGUAAUUGUCUAUAUAUUUCUGGAAAAUGGAAUAUCUGGGCCUCUCUGUCUCUGCACCGAUGUUUUGGCUGGCUUUGUUUCCUCUGCUCUUGCGCAGCAGCUAUGGCGAUGUGACCUAUUCUAUUCCUGAGGAGAUGAAACGCGGGUCGGUAAUAGGAAAUAUAGCCAAGGAUCUGGGACUUGAUGCUAAAGGAUUAUUGUCACGGAAAGCUCGCUUGGAUGGUGAGGGUGACAACAAACGUUAUUGUGAUAUUAAUCCGAACACGGGGGAAUUGAUCAUAUCUGAAAUAAUAGACAGAGAGCAGCUUUGCGGAAGGAAGCUUUCCUGUUCCCAGAAAUAUGAAAUUAUUUUGGAACACCCGUUAGAAUCACUUAACAUUGUUUUACAAAUACAAGAUAUUAAUGAUAACGCACCAAAAUUUGGCAAAGACGUUGUUCGUUUUGAUAUCCGAGAAUCAGCUGUUAAAGGCGCCAGAUUCGCUGUAAAUCAGGCUCACGACGCAGACAUUGGUCUGAAUGCUGUCCAGAGCUACACAUUACAAAGGAACAACCAUUUCAGUUUGGCUGUUCAUACAAAUCCUGGAGGUGGAAAGUAUGGGGAGUUAGUUUUAGAGAACGAAUUAGAUCGUGAAAAAGAGCAGGAGGUGACGUUAAUUCUUACUGCUGUUGACGGAGGGACUCCGCAUAGAUCUGGUACCGUCGUUAUACAUGUCACUGUGCUUGAUGCUAACGAUAAUAAACCCGUCUUUAGUCAGAAUGUGUAUAGGGUGAAUUUGCCUGAAAACUCCCCUAAAGGCUCUGUUAUAAUGACAGUGUCUGCAACUGAUGCAGAUGAGGGGGCAAACGGAGAGGUGACGUAUGCAUUUGGUCCAGUGUCUGAGCAACUGAGCGAGCUAUUUUCUCUUGAUAUAAAAACUGGAGAUAUAUGUAUUGUCGGAGAGAUAGACUUUGAAAAAGAGUCCACACAUGAAUUGAGCAUCCAAGCUAAAGAUAACUUUGGGCUGACUUCCUUUGCCAAUGUCAUCGUCGAAAUAACUGACGUAAACGAUAAUAACCCAGUUAUAUAUCUUAAAUCUCUGACCAAUCCCAUCCCUGAGAAUGUGAUGCCAGGCACAGAGGUGGGCAUAAUUAAUGUUCAGGAUAAAGACUCUGGUGUCAAUAAACAGGUCCGCUGCUCCAUCCAGCAGAAUGUUCCUUUCAAACUAAACCCCUCCAUUAAAAACUACUAUUCCUUAGUAACUACCAGUGAAUUAGACCGUGAGCUGAUAUCAGAUUAUAACAUAACUAUCACAGCUACUGACGAGGGGUCUCCACCGUUAUCCUCCUCAAAGACUAUUAAUGUAUCUGUCUCUGACGUCAAUGACAACCCUCCUGUGUUUGAAGAACAAUCCUACAGCGCCUAUGUGAGUGAAAAUAACAAGCCUGGCUCCUCCAUAUGUUCUGUUACUGCCAGAGACCCAGACUGGAGACAGAACGGCACAGUGGUCUAUUCUCUAGUACCCAGUGAGGUCAACGGUGUCCCUGUAUCUUCAUAUGUAUCCAUUAACGGAGACACGGGGGUGAUCCAUGCUGUGAGAGCAUUUGAUUAUGAACAGUUUAGGAGCUUCAAGGUCCAGGUUGUAGCCAGAGACAACGGUUCUCCUCCACUCAGCAGUAAUGUGACUGUGAGUGUCUUCGUAGCAGAUAAGAAUGACAACUCUCCCCAGAUAUUAUACCCUGCUCCAACAGGGAACUCCUUGAUGAAUGAGAUGGUCCCCAAAGCUGCUCUGGCAGGGUCCCUGGUUUCCAAGGUGAUAGCUGUGGAUGCUGACUCUGGCCAGAACGCCUGGCUUUCCUAUCAGAUUGUGAAAUCCACCGAUCCAGGACUUUUCACUAUCGGUCUCCACAGUGGAGAGAUCAGGGCCCAGCGGGACAUUUCUGAUUCUGACGGUAUGAAGCAGAACCUUGUGAUAUCUGUGAAAGAUAACGGACAGCCCUCUAUGUCUACAACAUGUGCUGUUUACCUACUGAUAUCAGAUAACCUGGCUGAGGUUCCAGAGCUGAAAGACAUGUCUUAUGAGGGGAAGGAUUCUAAACUAACAUCCUAUUUGAUCAUCGCCCUGGUGUCCGUCUCCACCUUUUUCCUGACUUUCAUCAUUCUCAUCCUGGCCGUGAGGUUUUGCCGCAGGAGGAAACCUAGACUGUUGUUUGAUGGAGCUGUGGCCAUUCCCAGCGCAUAUUUCCCUCCUAACUAUGCAGAGGUGGAUGGAACAGGAACGCUGCGGAGUUCUUACAAUUAUGACGCUUAUCUGACAACGGGCUCACGCACCAGUGACUUCAAGUUUGUCAGAUCUUACAACGACAACACGCUGCCAGCCGAAAUGACACUAAAAAAGAGUUCAGAUCAUUUUCUGGAAGGAAGUAUCACCACACUGAACACAGCAGGAGAAUCUAACGAGGUAAGAACUGAAUUUACUGUGUGA